CACCGACCCAAGUCCUGGACUUUAGUUACAUUGUUGGGCGAGUUUUCCCAACUCCCUCGGCCGCGGCGUUGCGCACCCCCGGCGGGACUGGCUGGGGUCCUCUCGGCUCUGCCUCGGGCGCCGUUUGGAAACGCGCUCCAGCCUGCGAGGAGGCGGCGGCGGCGAGGCAGGGAGCGAGGCUCCGGAGCCGCGGCGGCGGGAGGGGGGAGGAGAGCCCCGGCCCCCCAUCCGCCAGCGCGACGCGGAGAGACGCGGAAGGGCCCUUCCAGCCGGCCGCCCCGGGAUCCGCCUCCCUGCGCCUCUGGCUCGGCGGGCGACCCUCCCGGCGGGCUCCGCAGCGGGCCCCCCGCCGCCGCCUCCUCCACUCUUUCCCGCCGCCGAUCGCCACGCCGCGCCGCUGGGCAUGAGUUAGAUCGCGGACAUGGACACCAAACAUUUCCUCCCGCUGGAUUUUUCCGCCCAGGUGAAUUCGACCUCCUUAAGUUCUCCCACCGGCCGGGGAAGCCAUAUGGGCACACCUGCCCUCCACCCCUCCAUGGGACCCAGCCUCGGAGGCUCCUUGGGGUCGCCCAGCCAGCUCCACUCGCCCAUCAACGGCAUGGGGCCCCCCUUCUCCGUCAUCAGCUCCCCGAUGGGGCCUCACCCCAUGUCUGGACCCUCCACCCCCGGCCUCGGAUACGGAGCUGGCAGCCCGCAGCUCAACUCCCCGCUGAACCCCGUGAGCAGCACAGAAGACAUCAAGCCCCCCCUGGGCCUCAAUGGGGUACUCAAAGUGCCAAUGCACUCUUCCUCCGCCAUGCCCGCCUUCACCAAGCACAUCUGCGCCAUCUGCGGAGACCGCUCCUCAGGCAAGCAUUACGGGGUGUACAGCUGCGAGGGCUGCAAGGGCUUCUUCAAGCGGACGGUGCGGAAGGACCUGACCUACACUUGCCGGGACAACAAGGAUUGCCUGAUCGACAAGCGCCAGCGGAACCGGUGCCAGUACUGCCGCUACCAGAAGUGCCUGGCGAUGGGCAUGAAGAGGGAAGGGAUGGAGCACCAUCCAUCCCGACCCACAAGACUCCCUGGAAGGCAGGAGCAACCAGCUGUCCAGGAGGAGCGGCAACGGGGCAAAGACCGCAAUGAGAACGAGGUGGAAUCCACCAGCAGCGCUAACGAGGACAUGCCGGUGGAGAAGAUCCUGGAAGCUGAGCUGGCGGUGGAGCCCAAGACAGAGACCUACAUCGAAGCCAACAUGGGCAUGGCUCCUAAUUCGCCCAAUGACCCGGUCACCAACAUCUGCCAAGCAGCAGACAAGCAGUUGUUCACCCUGGUGGAGUGGGCCAAGCGGAUUCCCCAUUUCUCGGAGCUCCCCCUGGACGACCAGGUGAUCCUCCUCCGAGCCGGUUGGAACGAGCUGCUCAUCGCCUCUUUCUCCCACCGAUCCAUUGCCGUCAAAGACGGGAUCCUCCUGGCCACAGGCCUCCACGUCCACAGGAACAGUGCCCACAGCGCGGGAGUCGGGGCCAUCUUUGACAGGGUACUGACCGAGCUUGUGUCGAAGAUGCGGGACAUGCAGAUGGACAAGACGGAGUUGGGGUGUCUGAGAGCGAUCGUCCUCUUCAACCCAGACUCCAAGGGCCUUUCCAACCCGGCUGAGGUCGAGGCACUGCGGGAAAAGGUCUACGCCUCGCUGGAGGCCUACUGCAAACAUAAGUACCCCGAGCAGCCCGGGAGGUUUGCCAAGCUGCUGCUCCGCCUGCCGGCCCUCCGCUCCAUCGGCCUGAAGUGCCUGGAGCACCUCUUCUUCUUCAAGCUCAUCGGGGACACGCCCAUCGACACCUUCCUGAUGGAGAUGCUGGAAGCGCCACACCAGAUGACUUAAAAGGACACGGGGCCAGGCCAGCGGCUUUCCUCCGCCCAGGGGGCUGCCCGACCCCCCUACCCCCCGGACCUCCGCUCUGAGACCCGUCCUGCUGCCACCUCCCCCCACCCUCGCCAUGCAAGGGAUGCUGCCUGCCCCAUCCGCCCCCCCCACCCACUCACCUGGCUGCCUUUUGGCCCGUUUGCUGCUUCCGCAAACAACUUGCGUCUGGGGACAACUGGCUUUCGCAGGCGGGGUGUGUGUGUGUGUGUGUAUGGCUUGAACAGCAGCCACC